AUGAGUAUUGAAGGUUAUACAAAUCAUGACUGUGCUGCAAUCUAUCCUGAAAAACUUUAUCUUGGGACUGUUGCUGUUGCAAAUGAUAUUUCAAUAUUACAUAAAUUAAAUAUAAAAAAUAUUGUUAAUGCAACUGGAUAUUUACGAGGUGGGUAUGACAAUACAACCGAACAAUAUCCUGACGCUUUCCCCAAUGAAAUUAAUUAUUUACACCUUCACAUAAACGACCAGGAAAAUUUUCAGAUUACGAAUUAUUUUCAGUCAUGUUUUGAUUUCAUUGACCACGCAUUUUCUCAAAACGAAAAGGUACUUGUUCAUUGUCAGGCUGGAAUCUCUAGAAGUGCAACUCUUGUCAUUGCGUAUCUCAUUUAUCAUGAAAAAAUCUCUUUAAAAGAUGCUUAUUCCAAAGUGUAUCAAGUAAAAAAAAAUAUUGCCCCAAACAAGGGUUUUUGGAAACAAUUAGAAGACUUCGAAAUUAAGUAUUUUGAAUACUCAAAAUCAAGUUAUCCUCUCGUUGAAUAUUUGACAGAUCGAUUAUACCCAAUGUUAAGUGAACAACAUAGUCGAGAUUUAAUAAAAGAAAAACUAAUUGCAACCAAUUGUGAUAUAUCUAUGACAGUAGCAUUAUUAUUGUAUAAUUGA